CACAUCUUCAGGCGUCGCUAUGGCUCGUCCGCCCACUCUGGAAGAGAUCUACGAUGUUGCACAUCGUGCAGUGUCCAUAUUCAACAGCAACGAGUAUGAAUGUUGUCUCUUCGGAAGCGCAGGGUGCGUGUUGUACGGCACAACUAGAUGUCCCAACGACGUGGAUCUCGUCGUCUUCGCCGACAAUGUAGACGCUGAGGAUCUAAAAACCUUGCUUGUGGAAGAAGACGAGGACUUCUACCUCGUUUCGUCUCGUAAUCGCCGAGCCACAUAUGAAGUACUCUGGUGUUCACUGACGCCAGGCCGUCGUGGCACCGCACGGGCCUGUAAAGUCGACAUCCUGCUCCCGGGAUGCUUGAAUAUCCCGGAUGUGCCCAGCGCACAAAUUAAGAAGAUGCAACACCUCCCCGUCAUGCCGCUUCUCCCACUUCUCUUACUCAAGCUGCAAGGAUGGACAGAUCAUCGGGAUUCCGACCGGAGAGAUAUGCAGGAGAAGCAAUAUGUCGACGUGCAGGAUAUUGACGAGCUCCUAGAGAUUACCUGCGAUCGGCGCACAUACAUAGGGAGCAGGAGCUUGCAAUGGGUACCAGAGGACUUCAUUGAUGACGCGCGAGAACGUGUGUUGGAGUACGUUGAAGAGUUCCCGGCAUCGAUGUUGUACUGGGAAGCUCUUGGUUUCCAGACCGCUUGACGAGAGGGCCAAGACCACCGGGAUGUAAUUGAUUUCUGAUCAUCUCAAUUUCAUUUCCUGCCAUAGCGCUAUUGUCUCCAAAUAAGUACAUGGGCAUGGCACGUCUACUUUACUAGGGCGUAAAUGACACAUACAUAGCCUUUA